GGUCAUUUUCUCAAACAUUUUGCCGUCUUUACCUCCGCGUAUACUAUUGUUUCCUCUCUCUCUCUCCCACUCUCUCCCCUGUUCCUACUUCGUUCCUAAAUCCCAUCAGCAGGCACGGCACCUUUAGAUUCCCUUCAAGACGCGAUUUUCUCAGCGGCGACGAGAGAUCGUGAUCGCACGGGGAAAGAAUUUGCGGCGUCUUUCGAGUCUUUGAGCUAGAAGGGAGAAGUCCCAAGAAAUUUCAUUUGCUGAGAUCGUUUUCUUGGAAGUUUAAAAGGAAGGAUAUGAGGGGAUGAUGCAGUGGCGGAUAGAGAGGGGCUGCUCGGUCGGGUCUCCUAGAGGGCUUUAAUCAAGAGGAUUUAGGGGAAGAAAUGAAGACUCCUGAAAAGAAGCUGAUUUGCUAUCAAUCUAGGAAGUCUGCCGUCCUUGAGAAGGAGGCCUAUUCUAAGAUGGACUCAGAAUCCAUAAAGACAUUUUUUCACAGAGUUAUCUACAAUAAAAGAUGCAGAACUAAGCCGAAUAUGAUUUCUAAGCAAAGAAGAAUAAGGAGGAAACAGUUGACCUGCAAAUACCCAAAAACUAUGCAGAGAAUCACUCAUCAUAUCUCUGGUUCCGACCAAGGUACCUCAAAACUGUCAACAGAUGAAUCUUUUUGUGCUCAUAAUAAAGGGAAUCUGGAGGUUGCAGCUAACAAAGGAACAAUUAAAUUAUGUAAAAGGAAGAGGCGUAAACGGAAGAGAAAAAAUGUAGACCAUGAUGAAGCCUCUCGGCUCCAAAGAAGGACAAAGUAUCUGCUAAUUAAAAUAAAACUAGAGCAGAAUCUUAUUGAUGCAUAUUCUGGAGAUGGUUGGAAUGGCCAGAGUCGAGAAAAAAUUAAACCCAAAAAGGAAUUGCAAAGAGCUCAGAAGCAGAUAGUGAAGUGUAAACUUGGUAUUCGUGAUGCUAUUCGCCAGCUGGAUUCACUUAGCUGUGUAGGAAGCAUUGCAAAUUCUUUGAUGCAUCCAGAUGGAUCUGUUUUUCAUGAACAUAUCUUCUGUGCAAAAUGCAGAUCAAGUGAAGCUUUUCGAGAUAAUGACAUCGUUCUGUGUGAUGGAACAUGCAAUUGCGGUUUUCACCAAAAAUGUUUGGAGCCUCCUUUAGUAAAAAUUCCUCCUGGAGAUCAAGCGUGGCUUUGCAAAUUCUGUACGUGUAAACUGGAAAUUCUAGAAGCUAUUAAUGCACAUCUUGAUACCUGCUUCAGUGUGAACAAUAGCUGGGAGGACAUUUUCAAGGAAGCAGCAGCAUACUCGGAUGCUGAAAAUAUUUGUCCUAGUCCUGGCCAUGAGUGGCCUUCAGAUGAUUCAGGAGAUGAAGACUACAAUCCUGACAUAAAUGAAAAUAGUAACAGCAGAUCAGGCAUUGAAGAAAAUGCUUCUGAUGAUUCUGAUUCUCUUAGUAGCCUAUUCUGUUCAUCUGAUAGAGCUAUUUCACAUUCUGAUUUAGAAUACUACAGUUGUCAUGAAGAACCUUUUUAUGCAAUGAGAAGCAAGAGCAAGGCUGACCAACUUGAUUCCUUGGACAACUUUGAUUCUGGUCAAAGCAAUGAGUGUGAUAUUAUUGCCCACUAUCGUCGGCAGCGGAGAGAUGUUGACUACAUAAAGCUUCAUGAUGAAAUGUUUGGGAGGGAACCACCUGAAGAUGAGACACAAAGUGAAGACGAAGACUGGGGCCCUAAGAUGAGAAAGAGAAGGGUUGACACAUCAACUGACAUCUGCAUGACCAACUCUGUGAAUGAGGAUGUGUAUUCACAUCUAGGACCAAUAAAUAGGUUAUCAAGCCAUAAGAAGAGACAAAUUUUCCGGAUACCUCCUGAGGCAGUUGAGAAACUCCGCUUAGCUUUUUCCGAAAAUGAACUUCCUUCAAGAUCUGUGAAAGAGAGCCUGUCUAAACAAUUGGGCAUUUCGUCUGAAAAGGUCAGCAAGUGGUUUAAGAAUACAAGAUAUGCUGCUCUUAAAAUGAGAAAGAAUCUGAUAAACAAUCCUGUCGGGAAUGAGUGUUCGUCUGAGUCCAUGAAUGAGAACCUGUCAAAGGCAUUUGGCCUACCAGAUCAUCGGAUGAGGAAAUCAUUAGCACAGUCGAGCUGUCAAAAAAGGGCGAGGCGAGAGAAGGCAGGCCGCAAGGGUGGAGCUGAUCAUAAGAUUGGCAAGAAGAAGAACAUUGAGCAUCUGAACUUAACUGAGGUUGAGAGGCUAUGCAGACUGCAGGAUAAGCUUCAAGAGUUGAAGAAGGCAUUGAUGUCAUACUUGGAUGAGAAAGAAAUGACCACCAAAACCUUUGUCCCAGAACAGAAUGUGAUCUAUGUUCCAGUUGCUGAAGUAAGGGAGAAAUCGUGACACGACCUUGAUGGUGUGGUUAACACCUAAAUCGUCUUAUCGAGAAAUCUGCAUUUGUAUGAUUCUCAAGAUUGUUACAUGAUGAAAUAUACGCGGAAAGAUACAAGUCAUUGAGAAGUAAUGUGGCAUUCUGCUGAAAAGAAUUGAUAAGGAUUAAGAUCUUACUGAAAGCAAUAGACAUAGAUAUCCAAAUGAUGAGCUUGAUCGAUGAUGAGUCUGAUCGACAUGUAUCGUAUUUUGCUCAAUUUUAAAUAAUAAUAAUCCAUGUUUUUCAGUUUA